UCCGGAGUCAGGCCCGCAGAGCUGCUGAGGAGAGGAGAGCCAUCACAGUGAGGCAGAGCAGUAGUGAGAGUCGCGUAAGACGGGGUCCGAGCGGACCUAUGAGAGGUGGGCCACCAGAGUUGACAUGGCAUAUAGCAGUGGUGGACUCUCAGGGCAAUCCAGCUGAGCUACACCUAGCCCCUGCCAGAGUUGAGCCAGCGCCCGUUACUAUGCCGGUGCCCAAUGAAUGGGUGAACGAGGCUGUUCGACGCAUGCUUGCACUGGAGAAUGUGAUAAGGCGAGCGGCAAGUGGCUUGCCUUUGGACUUGCGCUACCCACCAUCGGCAGCUCAGAGAUCUCAGACACAGGGACGGGCGGCUCCUAGGAGAAAAAGUGCCAGAGAACCUCCACAAAAGAAGCUAGCAACUAGGACUCCUGCUCCUCCACCUACUACUAGACCACAGACGCGGGGCAUACAGCCAUCAGUUGCGACAUCCCUCCCUCAGUUUGAGAGUCCUACGAGAAGCAAAAUGGCAAAUAAUCUUCCGGCCUUGAUUAGCCCGUGGCUUUCGGCUUUUGUUGCCGUGGAUUGGCUGUCAUUCUGGUUUCACGGGUUGGCCACAUUCCGUUUCCUUCGCAAUGUGAGAGUUCGUCCUGAAUUUCUGAGGGCAGCCUCACAAUUCUGGGACCCGGAGGUUCAUGUGUUCAGCUCUGGCUAUUUGACAAAUUGGGGUUGCUCACCGCACCGGAAGCAAGCUGGCCUCAUCUGCCCAGUCGAAUGCAUCAGCGGAGCAUGA